AUGGCUCUUGAUGGUACCAUUCCAUCACAGCUGGGUAACCUCUCCUUUCUCGUUUCCCUCGACCUUAGUAACAACACUUUCACUGGUCAUCUCCCUGAUGAGUUAGUUCAUCUGCGUCGAUCGAAAUUCGUGAAUUUGUGGUUUAACAAAUUUAGUGGACACCUUCCAUCAGGACUAGGUGCCUUGGGUAGACUGCAACAAUUAAUUCUUGGUAACAACAGUUUUACAGGUACCAUCCCACCUUCCCUCUUUAACAUGUCGAAGCUAGAGACCUUGAUCUUGUAUUCCAAUAUUCUACAAGGAAUGAUUCCACAACAUAUUGGUAAUCUUCGUAACUUGAAGAUUUUGGACAUACAGCAUAACCAGCUUACAAGUUCUCUGCCACUCGCCAUCUUCAACAUUUCCUCACUGCAAGCUAUUGCGUUUACAAACAAUAGCAUAUCUGGUAGUCUUCCAAUGGAUGUGUCCCAUCGUCUUUCAAAUCUGCAGGGGCUUUAUCUAUCUUACAACGAGAUAAAUGGCAAAAUUCCAUCAAGUUUGAUGUCAUAG